AUGGGCACUGGUUGGAGAAGAGCUUUUUGCACAACAAUCCCUAGAGAUCGAGAAACAAAAGUUGAUGAUAAGCAUCAUGAACAAAGCUUCCAAACUCAAAUCCCAAGCCCAAGUCCGAGCCCCAGAAGCUGUGCCAAGUUUGGCUUUUUAUCAGGUGGUGGAAGCAACCCAUCUACGCCUCGCUUGUCGUCUCAAACUCCGACGACUUUGCGUUGUCGAACCAGCACCGUCGCAGCUGCUCCUACACACCCUGCUAAUGAGACCCUCAUUAGCCCCAAGCUCCAAUGCAAAACCAACACCCCAAAGUCCACAAAGAGUCCUAGGGGACUUCUGGGUUCAAACCCAUCUUCCCCCAGAUCCCCAUUUUCGAUUCUCAAGAACAGCCUUCGUCUUUAUAGAAAUAACUGUGGAGUGUGCUUGCAGAGCGUGAAGACAGGUCAAGGAAUGGCAAUUUACACAGCAGAAUGCUCUCACUCCUUUCACUUCCCCUGCAUAGCUUCACACGUGAGAAAGCAAGGCAACCUUGUCUGCCCAGUCUGCAACUCCACAUGGCGAGACGUUCCUCUGCUUGCCAUUCACAAGCUUAAGCAACAGCAACACCAUCAAGAAGAAGAAGUUGACUCCACCAAAAAAAAACUUGAAGAAACCAAAGAACCACUACAUUCCCCAUCACUUACCAAUCUCAAAACCAAGCAAGAACCAAAAUUACCCAUCAAACAGCACGAUACGAGGGCUUACGACGACGACGAGCCCUUGCUGUCACCGACCGCCGGUGUUAAGUUCAUUCCAAUCCCAGAAGCAAACGAGAACGAAGCACUCGAAGAUGAGAUCGAAGAGUUUCAAGGGUUCUUUGUCAAUCCCAUUUCAAGUGACGAACCCGUAAACAACACCAGAGAUUUGAGAAAUGUAGAAGCGAAAUUGAUGCCAGAGGCUGCUAUCGUAAAAGCACCCCCACCGCAACCACCACCGCCGGCGCACAAUAGCAACACCGCCAAUUUUCUGGACCCGACGCGCCGUGCUCCCAUUGAUUUGGUGACGGUGCUUGAUGUGAGUGGUGCCAUGGGUGGAGCCAAGCUUCAUAUGCUCAAGCGAGCCAUGCGCCUGGUUAUUUCAUCACUCGGCUCGGCUGACCGGCUCUCAAUCGUAGCCUUCUCGGCUAGUCCUAAGCGGCUCUUGCCUUUAAGAAGAAUGACGCCCCACGGUCAACGGUCUGCUCUACGGCUUAUUGACCGGCUUACAUGUAGUCAAGGGAAUAGCGUUGGUGAUGCUCUAAGAAAAGCCACUAAAGUACUUGAAGAUCGAAGAGAGAGAAACCCAGUUGCCAGCAUCAUUCUCUUAUCCGGCGGUCAAGAUGAGAGGGAGGUGCACUCAGAUAACAUAAAUCAACGUCAAAGAUCAACCCAUGUGUCAUCCACUCGAUUCGCUCACAUCGAAAUUCCGGUACAUACGGCUGGCUAUAGCUAUGAGCCGGCCGAGGAUGCUUUUGCUAAAUGCGUUGGUGGGUUACUGAGCGUGGUGGUUCAAGAUUUACGUAUUCAGCUGGGUUUUUCCUCUGGCUCAGACCCAGCUGAAAUCGCAGCCGUUUAUUCUUGCAAUGGACGGCCCACAGUGCUCGGCUCAGAUAGUGUUCGGCUUGGUGACCUCUACGCCGAGGAGGAAAGAGAAUUACUGGUGGAAUUGAAGGUCCCCACGUCGAUUAUUGGGUCCCACCACGUGUUGUCCGUUAAAUGCUCCUAUAGAGACCCAGCGACCCAAGAGUUAAUCUACAGUAGAGAACAGGCCUUGCCUGUCCCGAAGCCACAAGCCGUUAGAUCUUCAAUGCCUAAUAUCGAACGGCUGAGAAAUCUCUUCAUCACUACGCGAGCAAUAGCCGAGUCUCGGCGAUUAAUUGAGCACAAUGAGUUUUCUAGUGCGCAUCAUUUGUUGUCCUCGACUAGAGCUUUGUUGAUUCAGUCUAGCUCGAUAUCGGCUAAUGACUACAUUCGCGGCUUGGAAGCCGAGCUGGAAGAGCUGCAAUGGAGGAGACAAUAUCAACAGCAGAUAGAGCAGCAACAGAUGAUCCAACGGCGGAGAGUGAAUGAUAGAGAAGUGGGUGUGUUUCUUGAUGAGAAUGGAGAGCCGCUUACACCGACUUCGGCUUGGAGAGCAGCUGAGAAGCUGGCUAAGGUGGCGAUGACAAAGAAGUCGUUGAAUAGAGUCGGCGAUUUGCACGGCUUUGAGAAUGCUAGAUUCUAA